GUAGCGGCGGCGGCGAGGUCCCAGGCCGAUAAAAUCGCGACCGGACUCUCUCGGUUUCGAUUCCAAUCCUCCCCUCCCCGGACCUCCGCCCACCUUCCUCUCUCCAACACUUCCACAAGACCAACUCCGGUCUGGAGCACACACGCAUAUUCAAAUGGGUAUAUUCAGAGGAACGCCGCCUCCGAGCUGCCCCUCGUCCGGGCAUUGUGCGGAAUGGGCUCGGACCUACCUCAAGUACUGCCUGUGCAGCACCAAGGAUGGUGUUGCCCUGGGUCUUGGACUGGCUAGUGUCCUCAGCUGGGGCGUCGCUGAGGUGCCGCAGAUCAUAACAAACUACAAACAGAAGUCAACAGAAGGGCUUUCCAUCGCUUUUCUAAUGACUUGGAUAGUUGGGGAUUUGUUUAACCUUGCCGGCUGCUUCCUGGAGCCUGCUACUUUGCCGACACAGUUUUACAUGGCAUUGCUAUAUACCAUCACAACUAUGAUUCUCACUGGACAGACAAUAUACUAUAGCCACAUCUACCGUCUUAAAGUAAAGAAAACCGGGACAAUUAUCAAGCCUCAGAAGCAUCAGCGUGGGGAUGCUUCGUUGCGUCAAAAGCUUUUGGGGCACAGGGAUGAUGCAUACAAAAACAACAUUCAGUCAGGUGUGACAAUUCCUGUUCCAAGCUCACCAAUCCAGCUGAACACAGAAGUAUUAUGGCAACGUCAUGGUUCAAACAGCCCCAGCUCAGACUACUACUAUGUGUCAGCAAGAUCUCUAUCAAGUAGCCCAGUGCCUAUUGCAGGUACAUGGUUGGGCAAUAAUCGCCAGGCAACAAGAGCGUCUCCACAAAUGAACGGCCAAGAUGAAUCUUUAGUUGGUGAGUUUGCUCCAGCACAGUCUGCACCAGCUGCUAUAACAAAAAAUUCCCUCUCAGUGGUACCAUGGGUUUCUGUUCUCUUGGGUAUGUGUGUAUUGCAUAUCUUGGUUGGAUCCGCACACAGGGAUGCUCCCAAUGAAAUUAUCAUACCUGUUGGAAGAAAGCUUUUAGCAUUAGCGGAUGGCGAAAGUGGAAGUGAAAUUGGAAGCUUUCUUGGUUGGGCGAUGGCAGUAAUCUAUAUGGGCGGUCGUCUUCCCCAGAUUUACUUAAAUAUGCAAAGAGGCCAUGCCGAGGGACUCAAUCCACUUAUGUUUACCUUUGCUUUAGUGGGAAAUACGACAUAUGUAGGGAGUAUACUUGUUAAUAGUAUGGACUGGGAAAGAUUGAGACCAAAUCUCCCGUGGCUUGUGGAUGCUGGAGGAUGUGUUUUACUCGAUUCUUUAAUUAUUCUUCAGUUCCUUUAUUUCCAUUAUCGGAAGCAAAGUAAGUGUGAUGAAAUUGACAAUGUGGAUAAAGCCUAAUGAAUACAACAGAGUUCAAAUUUUCUUCUCCAACGAAAGACCUGAAGCUUCCUGCGUCGUUGGAAAUGAUCGUGCAUGUUGAUUGGAAGGCUGGCUUGUGCAAGAGCCAUAUCCCGUGCGGAACUCAGUUCAAAUGUUUGGUUGGCGGUGAAUGAGCAGCGGCGCCACAUGAGCCUCGUCGCUGGUAGAAUACCAGCAGGGUCGCGUACUUGCGUCAUACUAUAUCUGUAUAUCAUACGGUGAUUUGUUUUUGUUUUCUGUGGUAUCUAUGUUUUGAAGUGGGCGUGUACAACCUGUGGUCGUUAUCAUCGGAUGCUAAGCUUUGAACGUGCGUAAUUGGUUCUUGUCUUGGUAACUUUCUCUGGGCUCUUCCUGACUCUGAAUAUAGAUGUGUUCAAUUCGGUU